ACAAUGAUCAUCAUUCAUUUUUGUGAUAACAAAAACAGGGUGUAAAACUAAAAUAAACUUUUUCAAUGAUAAGAACUACCUUUCAGAAAUUAUCGUUACCCUGCUUAAGCUUAAAAAAGUGUGAAAUGGAUAGCUUUAAACUCAUGAAAUGUAUAAAAGGAUGCGUACCACCUUUGGACGGUGGCAGUCACAAGGGUCAAGCGGGCAGAAUAGGAAUAAUAGGAGGUUCCUUAGAAUACACCGGUGCACCAUACUUUGCUGGAAUCAGUGCUUUGAAAGUAGGAGCUGAUUUAGUACACAUAUUCUGUGCAUCACCAGCCGCGACUGUAAUUAAAUCAUACAGCCCAGAGCUGAUUGUUCAUCCCUUACUUGACCAGCCUAAUGCAACCAAUGAAAUAUCACCCUGGUUAGACCGGCUUCAUGCUGUAGUUAUAGGCCCAGGGCUAGGCAGAGACAAGCAAACCUUUGAAGUGGUUUCAGAACUCAUCAAUGUCAUGCGUCAGAAGUGUAUACCACUGAUCAUUGAUGCUGACGGUUUGUUCCUGAUCACAGAGAAUCCACAUCUAAUCAAAGACUACCCUCUGCCAGGAGUUAUUUUGACACCAAACAAGAUAGAGUUUGAGAGACUGCAAGCAAAAUUGAUAGGAUCUUAUGGCCAUGUAGAUUUGAGUCAGCUGGGUGGGCAUGUCAGCAUAUUGGGAAAGGGACAAACAGAUGAGUUUUUUAGUGGGUGUGCUGAAGUUCAAUGGCAGAAUGGCACUGGGGGUUCUGGCAGGAGAUGUGGGGGCCAGGGGGACCUGCUGUCGGGAACCAUUGCCACCUUCCUUCAUUGGACUUUGAACAACAAAGAUUUAGUGGCUGAUGCAGAGAUGGAGAAUGUAGACAAGUCUACACUAGCAGCAUCCCUCUCCUGCUAUGCUGCAUCUUCAAUGAUCAGACUGUGCAAUCAAAAGGCUUUCCAGUUGAAAGGGAGGAGUAUGCUUGCUACUGACAUGAUUGAUCAUAUUCAUGAUUCUUUUGAGGAGUUGUUUGGUCAGUAAAUAAGUUAAUGUUGUUUUACAAUCACAUGUUAGGUUAAGCGGAAUGGUGCAAUGUAUUUUAUUAACGUAUACACACAAAUUUUUAACAAAUCUUUUAAUGGGUGAAAUCGCCAAAAU